GCCGCGCCCUUCUAUCCCCUCUCUUUCCGGCCUUCUUCCAACGCGCAGGCGCAAAGAGUGCACCAACAUGGCGGCCCCCGUGGAUCUGGAGUUGAAGAAGGCCUUCACAGAGCUUCAGGCCAAAGUUAUUGACACUCAACAAAAGGUGAAGCUUGCAGACAUUCAGAUUGAACAGCUAAACAGAACAAAAAAGCACGCACAUCUUACAGAUACAGAGAUUAUGACUUUGGUAGAUGAGACUAACAUGUAUGAAGGUGUUGGAAGAAUGUUUAUUCUUCAAUCCAAGGAGGUAAUUCAUAAUCAGCUGUUGGAGAAACAGAAAAUAGCAGAAGAAAAAAUUAAAGAACUAGAGCAGAAAAAGUCCUACCUGGAGCGAAGUGUUAAGGAAGCUGAGGACAACAUCCGGGAGAUGCUGAUGGCACGAAGGGCACAGUGAGCCUCUAGAGAACACUCCUUUUAGACCCCUCUCAUCUUGGCAAGGACAGAAAGACCUGCAUGGGGUGGCAGCCUCCCUCUGCCCAGAUGGACAUUGUAUGUGGUUGGGCCAGUAACCCACGCCCUAUUUUCUGUAUCACUCUGAGCCACUUUCAGGUUCCAAUCUGUAUAUUCCCUCCAGCUCUGCCUGCCACCUCUUCCCUGAUACUCCUCUGUCCUGAGGUAAUCCAUGAACUCCCAGGAGAGGGAAGAUAGAAGGCAGGGCAGAUGGUUAUGCUUUGCUUGAGCCUGCUACUAGGUAAGCUAGUCAGGCCAAUAAAAGUUCUGUCCUUUUAUACUGUCCCACUCUGCUGUUUUUCUUGAAAAGAGGGCAUGAUUGGCAGUGGGACUGCCCUUGGCUCAUGUUCCCUUGCACUGGAUGCUUUUUCUCCCUGGGGAGUGGGGUUUUGCCCUUAUCUUUUCCCUUUCUGGUCGGACUGGACACCCCCUCCUCCAGGCCUCCAACUAGUAGAGAAGGAAGAAAGACUAAGUUCACAGCUGAAAUGUACAGUCAGCUCUGCUGUGGCAUUCAGCCUCCAGAUUCCUUUCCUCGCCUCAUCCCAGGCAUGCCCAAAGGUCAGUAGGCAGCAGCACCUCCAAGGCUGUGUCCUUUGCCCAGUAUCACAAGAUGGAUACUAUGAUCCUGAGGCUUCUUGGAGGCUGGGGCAGUGGUGUGCUGGAGCUGGUUUAUCCCACUCAGGAGAGGUGAUUGUCAGGAAUUUUGUUGCAAGGCACUUGUUGAGCACAGCCAUUGUUAAAAAACUAAAUUAAAAAAAAAAAAAAAAGCCAUAUCUGGGGAUUUAGCUCAGUGGU